AUGUAUCAUAACCCAAAAUUAGUCGGUUAUACAAAUGAAGCUAUAUUAUAUAAUGCGCUAAUAGCAAACAAUUUCCCAUGGUUGUACCAGGGAACAGUCUCAAAUUUAUCAGGAAAUGUGAGUUUUUAUUUACUUAGUCUUUUACCGAUCUCUAAUAUAAUCCCUUCAGCUAAAAUAGCAGAGGAAUUGAAAACAAUGCUCAAUAUUGUGUUCGAGAUAUUACCUUUAAAAUUUAGGCUUAAGAGCAAAAUAAUCACCGGUGGCGAUAUUAUUAAUGCUAUGAAAAAUCUAGGGUUUGAUCGAUAUGCAGGAAUUUUAAUGGAUUUUCAUACAAAUCGGAAAGAACUUAAUAAUAAAUCUCGGGUAUUUCACAAAUAUGGUAAAUAA